AUGCGGAGGCCGCGGCGGCGGCAGCAGCAGCGACGACGCCGAAGACGAGGGUGGCGGUGGCGGCGGCCCCGCGGGCUCCGGCUCCCUCAGCCCGGCCCCGGCUGCUUCCUCAGAGGGCCGGCUCCGCCGCGGGCUGCGCGGCGCCUCUCUCAUGGCGCGCCGGCGGCCCGAGCUGCUCUGCGGGGCCGUGGCGCUCGGCUGCGCGCUGCUCCUCGCACUCAAAUUCACCUGCAGGCUAGGCGUAGACAACCUUUAGCGUCCCACAUGUUGACAAUUCAUGCACUCAUCGAUAUAGCGAUUAUUUAUCCGCACCUCUUGUGUGCGGAGCGCUCAUCCAGUCGAGCAAAAGAUGUGAUAAUUCCAGCAAAGCCACCGGUCAGCUUUUUCUCCUCGAGGUCUCCGGUUCUUGACCUCUUCCAGGGGCAGCUGGACUACGCAGAGCACAUUCGCCAGGAUUCGGAGGUGGUGCUCCUGUUCUUCUACGCUCCGUGGUGUGGACAGUCCAUCGCCGCCAGGGCAGAAAUUGAACAAGUAGCGAGUCAGCUUUCAGACCAGGUGUUGUUUGUUGCAGUUAACUGUUGGUGGAAUCAGGGGAAAUGCAGAAAACAGAAACACUUCUUUUAUUUUCCUGUAAUAUAUCUGUAUCAUCGGAGUUUUGGACCAAUCGAAUACAAAGGCCCCAUGAGUGCUGUUUACAUUGAGAAGUUUGUCCGCCGUGUGAUGAAACCACUUCUCUACAUCCCAUCUCAAUCAGAAUUACUAGAUUUUCUCUCAAACUAUGAGCCUGGAGUACUCGGGUACUUUGAGUUCAGUGGCUCACCCCAGCCUCCUGGUUAUUUGACCUUCUUCACUUCAGCGUUACAUUCAUUAAAGAAAGAUUACCUAGGAACAGUACGAUUUGGGGUUAUCACAAAUAAACAUCUUGCGAAACUGGUAUCCUUAGUACACUCUGGAAGUGUGUAUUUACAUAGACAUUUCAACACAUCACUUGUCUUUCCCAGGGAGGUCAUCAACUACACAGCUGAGAACAUCUAUAAGUGGGCCUUAGAAAACCGAGAGAUGCUCCUUCGAUGGCUGCGGCCCCACGGCGGCAAGAGUCUCCUGCUGAACAAUGAACUGAAGAAGGGACCAGCACUUUUUGUAUUUAUACCUUUUAAUCCCUUAGCCGAAAGUCAUCCUUUAAUAGAUGAGAUCACCGAAGUGGCCUUGGAGUACAACAACUGUCACGGGGACCAGGUGGUGGAGCGGCUCCUUCAGCACCUGCGGCGAGUGGACGCCCCGGUGUUCAAGUCUCUGGCGCCUGAGCCCCCAGCCCAGCUGCCGGACCCGCCGCUGAUAACGGAGUCCCCCUGCUGCAACACCGUGGUGCUGCCCCAGUGGCACUCCAUCUCCAGGACCCACAACGUGUGUGAACUGUGUGUCAACCAGACUGCCGGCGGCCUCAGGCCAAGCUCGGUCGGCAUGCCCCAGUGCAGCUUUUUUGAGAUGGCAGCAGCUCUGGAUUCUUUCUACCUCAAGGAGCAGACCUUUUAUCAUGUGGCAUCAGACAGCAUAGAAUGCAGGAAUUUUCUAAGUUUCUAUAGCCCUUUCAGCUACUACACUGCAUGUUGCAGGACCAUAAACAGGGGCGUGACAGGCUUCAUUGAUUCUGAACAAGAUGUCUUUGAAACCCCGACCAUUGCAUUUUCUUCCCUUGAGAAGAAAUGUGAGGUUGAUACCCCCAGCUCCGUUCCUCACAUUGAGGAGAACAGGUAUCUCUUUCCUGAACUGGACGUGGAUAACGCAAGCUUCAUAGGCCUGAGCUGCAGAACCAACAAGACCCUGAACAUCUACCUUUUGGAUUCCAAUUUAUUUUGGUUGUAUGCAGAGAGGCUGGGUGCUCCGAGCACUGCUCGGGUGAAAGGAUUUGCUGCAAUUGUUGACGUGAAAGAAGAGUCUCAUUAUGUCCUGGAUCCAAAACAAGCUCUUAUGAAGUUCACCCUAGAGUCUUUCAUUCAAAACUUCAGCGUUCUCUACAGUCCCUUGAAAAGGCAUCUAAUUGGAAGUGACUCUUCACAGUUCCCAUCUCAGCGUUUAAUCACUGAAGUGACAACGGAUACCUUUUGGGAAGUAGUCCUUCAAAAACAGGACGUGUUGCUGCUUUAUUAUGCACAGUGGUGCGGCUUCUGUCCAGCCCUCAAUCACAUCUUUAUCCAGCUAGCUCGGCUCCUGCCUGCAGAUACAUUCACUGUGGCAAGGAUUGAUGUAUCUCAGAAUGACCUUCCUUGGGAAUUUAUGGUUGACCGUCUUCCUACUGUCUUAUUUUUUCCCUGUAACAGAAAGGACCUAAGUGUGAAAUACCCCGAAGACCUUCCCAUCACCCUUCCAAAUCUGCUGAGGUUCAUUUUGCAUCACUCAGACCCUGCUUCUGCCCCCCAGAACUUGGUUAACCCUCCUACCAAAGAGUGUCUUCAGAGAGAGGCCGUCCUGCAGCAGGGGCACAUCUCCCAUCUGGAGAGAGAGAUCCAGAAGCUGAGGGCGGAGAUCAGCGCCCUGCAGCAGGCGCAGGGGCAGGUGGAGGCCCGGCUCUCGAGCGCGCGUAGGGAUGAGCAGCAGCUGCGGCGGCAGCAGCACACGCUGGAGAGGCAGCACAGCCUGCUCCAGCUGCACAGCGAGCAGCUGCAGGCCCUGUACGAGCAGAAAACCCGGGAGCUUGAGGAGGUGGCCCGCAAGCUCCAGGAGCUGGCCGACGCCUCGGAGAACCUUCUCACUGAGAACACGUGGCUCAAGAUCCUGGUAGCCACCAUGGAGCAGAAACUGGAGGGCAGGGACGGGGCCGAAGACCGUGCUCCCCUGGAUGAGGUGCGAUUGGACUACCACAAGCCCUCGGGCACCCCCCGGCUACCAGCCAGCACCCCUCCGCCUUCCAACGUCAGCUCCACGCUGGCCUCCGAAAGGAGCACUGAGAACAGGACAGACUAACUUUGAAAAUAACAUGAAGAAAUCAGAGGUGAAGACUAUACAUUGCGAAUAUAUUUAUGCAAAUUUUAUUGAAAUUUAUUGUAAAUAAAGAUUUUCUCAGUGGUCUAGAAAAUCAGCUUGAAUGUCAUUCAGCUUUUAUUGAACAGGGAUGACAUCCCCUCCACUUAUUGCACAAACUUGGUAGCUUUGAGACAAAAACAGUAGCACAGUCCACUUGAAGAUUUGUCUGAAAAGUUAGUCCAUAUUUUAGUGGCUCAGCGUCGGCGUUCCCUCCCCAUCCCCCUGCUGUUGCUUCUGCGAUGACAUGCAGAAUGAAAGGCUAAUGUCCUGACUGACUAGUCAGAAAACUUGGACACAACAUAGCCCAACGGCUAUUCAGAAAGAAUUCAAUGAGAGGUCAUAACUUAACUAAGCCAUUUGAGUGUGUGGCUCUGGUGUCUAUGCUAAAAAAAAGUAGCUGUUGACCAAGAACAGUGAGAGCUGUUAUGUGGUUGGUCACCAGUUCUGCAGGCACUUCCACUUGCCUCCAGAGACCCCACUAGUGCCCCACCAUGCCCUUGACCCUCACCUGGCACUGACACCGUGCUGAUGGGCCUGAUGCAAAUGGCACAGAUGUCGUGGGAUAAGGAACCUCCAGGACUGAAACUGAGGAGAAAGUGAUGCCUCAUCUUUUCAAAACCGAAACUGCACCGGCCAUGGUAAGAAGCUCAGGGUGAGUUUGACAGUCAAGCAAUGGUCAUUUUCAGGGUCAGGCUCAGGGACUGAAAAUGCAAGGCCCGGGAGCUCCUCGGUUACUUGGGUAAAGGACAGACAGCCUUAGGUGCAGGCUGCCGGCUGCAGAAAGUAGAGGUAGAAAGCCUGAAGUUCUGAAAUGUGAGGGGAAUGGAUCGAACACCCCUACACCUGCCCCAUUUUUCUUAUGUCCUUCAUUAGGAAACACACCUUCUCCCUGACCUUCCAGUUGACCCCUUUAGAACUUCUGACCCCUCCUCCCGCCCACACCCUGUGUGCUGCUUACAGGGCCUUCUGCUAGUCUCCAGCCUGACUCAUGCUUGGCCAUCCCCAGGUGGGGGCCAAAGGCAUUUCCUCCCCUGUACUAAAGCCCGGCUGCCUCCUAAGGAUUCCUUAGUAGCCCACCUGUGCUGUCUCAAUCCUGCCUUCAGCUCAAAUGGCCUAACUAGCUACUCCUCCCCUCCCCCCAAGCUAUACACCUUAAUGUUUGACCGUUAAUUUAGGGGUACGCCGCUAAAAGGAGUGUUCCUUAAGCUCCCUACUAGGGGUUCUAGAAAGUUGAUUAGUUCAACAUGCUUUUUAGAGGAGAUUUGGAUGAGGCCAGAGGAGCCGCCUUCCGCCCGACCAGGAGGCCAGAGCUUUGAGGGGGAGCUGGGAAUAGGGGGCAGCCCCUGGCGACCUGGGAGCUCCCUGCCCAUGCUGCUGGCAAGGCAGCUCAAGUGCUGAGGGCCAGCGCUCCCCAGCUCACCCAGAGCUGGCCUCCAGUUUAUUCCCGAGGAUGCAGACACAAAUCACAUUUUAAUCAUGAUAGUUUAGGGUGUGCUUACAGUGGUGGGAUUAAAAACCUAAGCAAGUUCACUGAAGUAUACACAAGGGACAUCUCGGAGGGGCAGGGUGGGAAUCACUGGCCUGACCAAGAGCCACCAAACUCCUCACCUUUUCGAAAACCAAAUCCUGAACCUGAAACUCCCUCUUCCCCCAGCCCCCUCCCCUGGGUGCCCACUAAGCACAGGCUGCUGGG